AUGGAUAUCUUCAAGCUCCGCCGGGCUCGCCACACGAAGUGGGUGGAGCAGUACCUGAUUGAUCAAAGGCUGAAACCCUUGGAGCCUCCAGAAAUCGCUGUGCUACGUAAAGAUCGAGAAGCAAUGGGCAUGGAAAAGGGCUUGACUGAUGGAGAGAUGAAGUGGUUGGGCUGGGUGGAGGCUGAUGCCCUUCUCAAUGGGCUCAAUCACAUCCUUACCGACAACAUGGGUGCUGUGACCCGUAUCUUGCAGCUGCUGGAUGAGAACGACAAGGCCCUGCGCUACAUCGAGCAGCUCAAUGAGAAGAUCGAUGAUCAAAAUAUGACAAUUGAGACGCAGGCCCAUGUGCUGCGCAUGCUUGGCUGGCCGACAUUGGUCACUGAGGAGGAGUUUGAAGUCAUUGAGAUUGAGGAUGCCGAGCCAGUGACACAGCAGCCCGUGCAGCUGAUGGAUGUGGCCGAUAGUGACAUGGACGAGCAUGCGAAGACAGCCAUGGAUGAUCUGAAGACAACCGUUGAUGAGCAGCCAAAGAAAGAUGUGAAGACAGCCGUUGAUGAGAAGACCGUUGUUGAUAUCAAGCAGCCAAAGACAGAUGUGAAGACAGCCGUUGAUGAGAAGACCGUUGUUGAUAUCAAGCAGCCAAAGACAGCCGUUGAUGAGCAGCCCAAGACAGCCAACAAGAUGGGUGGUAAGCCAAAACUGGCCAAUGUUAAGGUGGCCAAAACGGAUGGGAAGACGAAUCUGGCCAAGGUGGCCAAAACAGAUGGGAAGACGAAUCCGGCUAAGGUUGCCAGCAAGACCAAUGGCCCGAAGCCAGCCAUCAAGUCCACGGACAAGCAGAAGCCCAAAGUGGAUGAGGAGAUGAAUAUGGAUCCAAAGCAUUCCAAAGUUGCCAAAACUCAGCAGCCUCAUGUGCAGCUGCCUGCCAAGAAGGCCAUGCCGAAGCCACGCGAAAAGCUGGCAGACAAAGCGGACAAUUCGGUGAAGUGUGUGCUGCAAGAUAGCAAGCUCAAGGAUUUGUGUUGGCGACUCCCAGUUCUGAUUCUGAUCAAUUUGAUCUUUGAGGACCUUGAGAAGUGGAAUGGUAUUUGGUUUGACCACAGGCCAUCUGGAACUACUGAAACGAUUUUGUCAAAGGAAGAUGUGCUGAGCUGUGCGGGAAGAGUAGAGAUCUCCCAGAAAAUCAAUGACCUGGUGACAAAAGAUGCAGUGAAACUCUUUUCAAAGGCAUCAUCGCCUGACGUUGUGAUCAGCAGACAAAUCCUUGGAGAUUCACUGUGGAUCUUGGAGAUUGUUGCACUUCUGGACAUUGUGGUCAACAAGAUCACAAACAAUGUCCCUUCGGCAGUGCUUCAGCUCUUGGCCUUGGACCUUAAGGCAUUGAUGCAGAACCUAAGAAAGGUGAGGCGCAGCUGGAAGCACAUUCAGAAGAAGAACGAUCUUCCAGGCUGGCCACAAGCUGCCCUACGGUACCCAGAGAUUUUGAAGGUUGUUGAGAUCAUGCAAGAUCCAGAGGGUGCCGACGAUAGCCAAGAUACCGAGGCAAUGGAGGUGCCCAUGCCAGCUUCCCAUGAGACAUCUCGUCGUGGUCGGCCUGGCAUCGACUAUUCGUUGGAACUGACAAUGCUGGAUUCAACAGGCGGCAGUUCAUCUGACCAGCCAGAGGGCACCGCAGCUGAUCAGCGGGAGCAAAGCAAGACUGACCAGCCAGACAAGGAGACUUCAGACCAGUUUACAGAUGAUCAGCCGGGGACAGACAUGGACAACUCUGCAGCACAGCCGGACAAAAAGGAUCUCGAGGGCACAACAUGUGAUCAGCCCGAUGAAAAGAAGCCAUUGGAGGAGGAUGCGAAGCCAGAUGUGGAGGAACCAAUGGCAAAGAAGCAGAAAGUGGGCCGUGCUGUUGCAUAG